AUGUUGAACAGCGCCUUCGACGUCUACGGCUACCAAGUGCUUCGCAUCCACCUUCUUGUACCGUCAGUGUUCCAGGCCAUGGAGUACCGCGAGUGGGCGUGCGCCCACCCGCAGGGGGCUGUCUUCGCCAAGGAGCCCAGCUGGAAGGACCACGUGGCGGCCGGCCGCUCCUGCGCAGACCUCACCUCCGGCUUUUGCAACCUGAGCAUGUGGCUCAGCAGCCGCUGGAUCGCGCCGCCAGAAGCUCCGCCCAAGCGGGGUACCGUGGAGCAGGGGACGGGGCAGAGCACUGGGGAACCCGACGAGUGCGUAAUCAUUGCAGCUGACAAGGAACGCGACAAG